GGAAAGAAACAGAAGUUACUUUCUACACACGCGCGCGCACACACACAGGCGCGCGCACCCAGAGGAACUGUCAUUUUUCUACGCGUCCUCUGACAUCAGCCACCUUCUCUCUCGCUACAGUUUCUCUGCACUCAAAAUAAUCCCAGGCAAUGAAAAAUGAACCUCUCCCCCUCCCUUGCUGCCGCUGCCUUUUGCCUCACGCCCCCAGAGAAGUGUUUCUCCGCCAGACAGUCGAUGAAGAUUUUUUUCCAAGUCACAUGAUCCAGGAUGCAGGGGGAAAAUCCUUCUUGGAACAGAGAUGGGGCCAGAACUGAAGAUGAGGAGUGAUAAGGUGUGAUGCAGGGAAGACUAUAUAAAGGAUGGACCCAGGGCUGCUGCACACACGCGGCCCCGGGACCCCUUGCCCAGACCCAGCCAUGCAUGUGCCUCCUGGCUCCGUGGCCAGCCACUGGGGACGUGCCAGCCGCAGUUACUUCUACUUCACCACCGCCACACUGGCUCUGUGUCUUAUCUUCACGGUGGCAACCAUUAUGGUCCUGGUGGUUCAGAGGACGGACUCCAUUCCCAGAACACCUGACAACUCCCCCCGUAAAGGAGGAAACUGCUCAGAUGACCUCUUGUGUAUCCUGGAAAAGGCUCCAUUCAAGAAGUCAAGUGCCUAUCUCAGAGUGUCAAAGCAUCUCAACAGUACCAAGAUUUCUUGGAACCAAGACGGCAUUCUCAACGGAGUCCGAUACCAGGAUGGGAACCUGGUGAUUCAGUUCCCAGGCUUGUACUUCGUCAUUUGUCAACUGCAGUUUCUUGUGCAGUGCUCAAAUCAGUCCGUGGACCUGAAGUUGGAACUUCUUGUCAACACGAAGGUCAAAAGACAGGCCAUGGUAACAGUGUGUGAGUCUGGAAUACAAACUAAAAAUAUAUACCAGAAUCUCUCACAGUUCUUGCUGGAUUACUUGCAGGUCAACACCACCAUAUCGGUCACAGUGAAUAAAUUCCAGUAUGUGGAUACAAACACCUUUCCUGUUGAGAAUGUGUUAUCCAUCUUCUUAUACAGUGGUUUAGACUGAACAGCUUCUCCUGGACUGCAAGAUGAAAACAACUCUCUACCAAACAGUACUUCAUCUAUCCAAACACUGGGACAACAAGAAAACGUUAGAGCAAAACAGAAACCACAAAACAUAUUAAAUAAUAUACUCACUCUCCUUCUGUCUCUUGGAAAAGUACUUAUCAGGGUUUAAAAAUGAAGUAUCUUUUUAAGGAACAAAGUGCCACAGUGUGGCGAUAAAACCCCAUACGGCAAUCAGAAGGGGUUGGAUUGCCCCAGCCAAACUAAUAAUUCAUUGCUUCACUCUGACCCAUUCCUUCUCCUUGCUGGAGCUCAGACUCCAGGCCUAAAAAAAUUGGGGACUAAGUGUGAACCUCUCCAAAAUCCAUUUCACUUCAUAAUAUCUGUGAGCUGAGACUCCAAGCAGAGCUCUAGAAGCUCCCAACCAAAUGAAGGUAUAACACAUCGAUAUACAACAAAUGGUAUCAGCGACAAUCGACUGAAUGUCACCGCAGCAGGUCAGAAUAUGGUGACAAGGUUCAGGAUGCUUUCCAGAGUGACCGUGUAUGUUCAACACACCGUCUAUUCAUUUGUAGUGAUCAAGGCAACACUGUCAUUUAGCCAGGGACCAGCUGCCAUUCCCUGCAUGAGAUACAUCUGUCCCCUGCUUCAAACUCCUCUCAGAAAAUCAGUUUUCCAGAGGGCUUAUGAGUCCCCAGAAAAAGCCCUCAAUAGACAAUGAUGACUUGAAAACAGCAAGAAGAACUUCUGAGCAAUGACAUCCUUCUAUCCUGACGUAGGCUGCUGUGUGGUUUGUCCAGAGUCAUCAAACUUGACACUGCUGCAUUCGCUUUGAAGAAGCAUCUUACCUGGUGAAGUACUUCAAUGAACCCUCUGGCUCAGAGUGGAAGCCUCUGAGGUUUUUGCUUCAGGAAGAAAAGAGAGACCCUCCACUGCUGUGCAAAAAUACCAAAAGAAGUAAAAUUCCAUUUUUCUCAAGGAAAAGAAAGGAUUGAGAAUGCAGCAAGGUUUGUUACAAUCUAGAAAAUAUUUAAAGAAAAGGAUGAGAGGGGCUUGGAGAAACAAGAACACCUCAGGAGAAAUGUUAGGUCACAAGCUGAGCAGUGCAUUAUGGCAUCGUCCUCCUAGGUCUCAUCAUAAAUUCUCGGUAAGCCUGCUAGGCCUUUAACUUUCUGUGAGUAGAUUCUUUGGGAGGAUCAGACUUUGGAAAAGGUGGUGAAUCCCACAAGCCAAGUGCUAUGUGGUCAGAACACAGGCAAAUUUAUAGAAAAAAAAGCUAGAGAUAAGGAAACACCUGGGUCUGGAUUUGUAUAUUAACUGAACAGCACAACAGAAUCUUGAUUAAAUCAACUCACACAUUCUUGAUGGUAACUGGAGCCUAAGUGCAUGCAAACUAAGCAAGCAUUCUACCCUCUCACAGCCUAACUCUGGAAAGAUCCCAUUCUCAUUUCUAGCUGUUCUCUGAGCAAAAGUACCUGACUUUUGUAGCAUGAGGGUUGCCUAAUUUCAAUCUGUCUAGCAAUGCUCAGAAAAAUAGUUGCUAAAGACACAGGGGAGCAUCAUUUAAAAGAUUAAUCUGUCUUUUUAAAAAAAGAAGACAAUUACCAAAAGUCAAGUGGUAAAAGCAAAGAAAAUGGACAACCCAGAAAGUGUAAAACUAGAUUCUGUUACUCUGGAAGGUUAACCAGAUCUUGGAAAUUUUAUGAGUUAAUGACACUUCUAUGUAAGUGAAACAGGUCACUUUUCUUACUGGAAACGUGGCUACCUAAAGCAUGUAUCUCUUUAGUGAACACUGAACUUGACCUCACAGGCUGCCCUCUUCCCUUCCUCUCACACUCCAACCCCAAAGCAUACACAACACACACACACACACACACACACACACACACAUAUAAACACACACACCUCAUUAUACUCGCCAAACUUACAGAGAAAAGUGAGGGAUGAGUUGAUGAAAAAUAACAAGCUCAAUGUAGACUAAUGUCUUUCUGCCCCUGGAAAAAAUCACACGACUUUCUCUAUAUUCAGGAACGUCAUUUUCACCUGAAUUCCCAUCACCCACUGAUGCCUCCUGUUCCUGCACUAUCUCAUUCCUCCUCAGAAUUUCCCAGUCACAAAGACAGUGGCUCGGUGUAUGGCUGGGUGCUCAGAAAGGGUUUGGUAUGAACAAGCAGAGAAAGAAGGAAGUACCAAGGGAAGCGGUGUAGCAUUUACCAAAUAAGAGAACUUUCCAAAAUCUUGGGAUUCCCUGUAAGUAUUCCAGCUCAAUGAAAUUUUAAAAGGAGGAUAGAGAAGUCACUUGAGAAUCAUCUCUGGAAUGUUCCAGAGAGAUCAGCAAAGCCAAUGGAUUGCUAUUGGAUGGAAUACCCAUGGAGAACACAUAUCUUGAGGCUUCCCCAGAAUGUGCACUCCACCUCCCGGCCCUCACUGACCUUGACUGGACUCCUCUUAUGGCUUUUCUAUAAUUUCUCAGCCCUACAUGGAAAAGUUCCCAGCAACCAGCAAUGUUCUCUGGCCCUCCCUGCUCCACCUCCACUCUGAGAUCAUCGUUCUACUUGAGACACAGAAGGUCCAUGUUUUCUAUAGAUUUGUCACAUGAUCAAAUCCCAGAAAAUGGUUAAAGUUCCACCACAUUUAAAUUAUAUUAUGACUCUCAGAAAGAAACUAUGAUAAAGCCAAUAUGUUUUCCAAUAAAGUAGAACUUUUUUUUAAAUUUGAAGUUAUGCAUAUAUGCAUGUGUAUAUGUGUAAGUAUAUAUAUAUGUGCUUUUAUACAUACGUAUGUGUAUAUAUAUAUGUAUAUAUGUAUGUGCAUGUAUGGUGACUUCCUGACUUAGGAACAAGUUCUGUUCUAGGAGAACAGCUGUAAGUUAGGGUUAGGGUUAACAUAGUGCGUCUUACACACUUUUGACAUAAGUAUAUACGAAUAUAUAAUGUAAAGCAUAAAAAACCAAACACACACAAAAGACUGUACACUAUUGCACUGUACAGUAAGCAACAAAAGCACAGCUGUGACAAUGUCCAGCUACUUCCAUGUGUUCAUGUCUGUAAAUGUUUGUAAUGCAAGGUCCAUUCUUAGCUGUGAAAGUUCACAGCUUGAAUGUUUGUAAGGCAGGAACUUACUGUAUAUAUUUUCCCCUAGUCAUCUGUUUAAGGGAAGUUCGGGGAAGAAAGCUUGAUUCUUGCUCUGGUAAUUGCAAGUUUUAUAUAUGCUUAUAUUUAUUUUUAAUUAAGAAGAAAAUAGAAAAUAAUAUUUCUUCAGUACUUCAUCAACUUAUUUAAUAACUGUUAAUAUUUUUCUAUAUUUCCUUCUGCUUGUCUUAAAAUAAUCCAUAGAGAGCUAAAAUCUCACCCUUCUAUCCAUCUCCCUACUUGCUAUCCUAAGAUUGUAUGACAUUGCCAGAAGUUUGUCGACACCCUUCAUUUUUCUAAUCUUAUAUUUGUUUUAUUGUAAGAAAAUAUAAUACAAAAUUUUGUGUGGCUUUGAAAUGUUUAAUAAACAAUAUCAUACUUCAUAUAACAUUUUAUGCCUUGCACUUUUCACAUGACAUUAAACUUUUGAAACUUAUCUGAAUUAAUAGAUAUAGCGCUAGCUCAUUAUUUAAAUGCUAUGUAUUUCAUUGUUUGAAUGCACUAUUGUUUGUCUCUAUGCCUAGGAAUAAACGUGUAAUUUGCUUUCCAAUUUUUGUUAUUCAGCACAAUGCUUCAGUGACCACAUCUUCUUACACAACUUCCACCUUUUGUUGCCAUUUUUCUAUACAACAAAACAAAACUCAUAAAAUGAGUGCUCCUGGAAAAAUAUAAAUAGUGCCCCAAGGCUGUGGGGUUAAUCAGAGCUGGUGAGGGUUCACGUUUCCAUGAUCAUAGCUUGUGUGAUCUGAACUCUGGAGGCUCUUCCCACGUCUGCCAAGUAUUACUAUGGUCUGCUUAACUAUCAACACUUCCACCCCAAGUGCCAGUGACACAUGCCAAGGGCCACUUUAUGAUGCUGAGUUGUCUGUGCUUUUAAAACAAAACUUUGAAAGGCAUUCUGGUUUUUCUGGAUCCACUUCUGUUUCUGGAGAGUGAGUAUGAAUCAGAAUGUGCUUACAUGACAAACAGUGCUCAGAAAGAGAUUCCUUCCAUCAAAGUCCUAAUGUCCACGUGUCUCAGUUAUAGCCUAGAUUUCUUUCUCUUUGGGCUCCCCAGUCUCUCUUCAUGUACUCCCAUAAAUGUAAGUGACCUCUUCUUUCCAAUAACUGUAAAUAUGCAUGAGGUGAUCAAAAAAUACAGUGGGUAUUUGAAAAAUUCAUUACAGCAAAACAUGUAUUGCUAUUAAUACCCCCUCAAAAUGCUCCCUGUCUUCUAACACUCCUGUCUCCUCAUUCUUGCAACUUUAUGAAGCAUCUCUGAAGGCGCUUUUUCAUGAGGGCCUUCAUGUAUCAAAAAUAUAGUGAAUGUUGUUGCUGAAUACCGUCCAACAGAAAGUCAGGCUCAUGACACCAUGACAGUGUGGGAGAAACUACCCCUUCCCAUGAAGUAAGCUCUGCUAUGCUGAUGGGAAAGAGGCUGAGCCCGAAGAGGAUGUAUGCCUUCCCAUGAAGUAAGCACCACCGUGCUGAUGGGUAAGAGCCUCAGCCAGAAGAGAAACUACACCUUCCUGGGAGCCAGCAAGUGGGCAGGCUAAAAAUGGUAAAGGGUCCCCCCACCCCCCAAGCCCCCACCCUCACGGCUGCUGCUGACUCGGAGGACUCAGGAUGUGAUGACAGCAACUGAGGGAAAGGCAGUAGCUCAAUGCUUGUAUUGCUUGGUUGACUGCAGGCCUGGGCUGGUGGUCUGGGCAUCUGCUUGGAGGAAGGCAGUGUGCAUUGUGUCAACCGCGGGGGAUUUCCUCCUGUCUUGUUUUUGAAAUCCAAUGUUUUGUUCCAUUUUACUGUUUCAUUUUAUUCCUGCCUCUGGUAACCUAAGCAAUUAUUUUGAAGGUAACAAUGUGUAGUCUUUUUCUCACUGUUUUCAUUUGUUCCAAUUUAUUGUUUUGUUUUAUUCGAUGUUAUGUUUUGAUUGGUUUUAUUCUGUGUUGUUUUGUUUGAUUUUGCUAUGUCUAAUGGAAUGGACAACUGUGGUGAAGACAGCAAAAUAUAUUACGAUAGCCAUUAUUGAUUUUCUGUGGUCCUGUUUUGAAGUUCUGUACCACUUUAGCUGCUGAGUUUUGAUUGGUUUUAUUUUGUUUUGUUGGGUUUUGUUCUCUUUAAAGUAAAUAAAUUUUUUUAAUUUAAAAAAACAGGGACAGGGGCUGGGGAUUUAGCUCAGUGGCAUAAGCGCCUGCCUUGUAAGCAGGCAGUCAUGAGUUCGAUCCCCGGUACCGAUAAAAAGGAAAAAGACAAAAAAAAAAAAAAAAAAAAACA